CGACGCAGAGCCCUUUUGCGCAUGCUCGCGCGGAGGUUGCCUGUACGCUUUGCCCGCCUUUGUCAUGUGAUCGAAGCGCUGGCGUGGGCUCCUCCGCCCUCGGAGGCAUUGCCUUGCCCUACAGCCGGCGGCUUGCGCACGCGCGUCGCCUUCGCUGGCUCGCCGGCUUCCGUAGGUUCUCAGGAUUGGUCUGUUGUUUUUUGUUGCCCCAGAAUCCCUUGCGCGCGGCAGCUGACAUAUAGUAGCUAUGGCCGGAGUCCUGAAGAAGGUGAGAAGGGUUGAGGUCGGUCGCGGGGGUGGGCGUCGUGCGGCAGCUGGCGGGUCCCCUCGUACGGGUUGCUUAACCAAGGGCGAAAGCUCGCUUCAUAGGACGAGGGGAGGCUGCCUGUGGCUCCCUCAGUGGGGGCGCAGCCUGACCCCUUGGCUGCGAAGAUACCAAGGAUGAGGCGAACCCUAUGCGUGCUGCCUUGAGCGCGUUAAUAAUAAUUUAUUAUUUAAACCCCGCCUAUCUGGCUGGGUUUCCCAAUGUGAGGGACAUAAAUGUCAUCGCUUGGUGUCUUGUGGCAGCUUCCCUGGCAAAAGGGCUGGGUUGUUGUAGUUAUCCAGUGCUUUUUUUCUAAAAAAAUUUUUAGGGGUACUCUCAUUUUGACUCAAGAAAAUCACCAUAUUAUAGUUCAAAUCGGGGAAAAUAAAUACAGUAAAUGGACGAAAGGCUGCCAUUGGGGGUAGCAGUGGAACUGACGAUCCACCGCAACAGAACUGAUGAUUCACUGUGCUAGAGAAGAAACAUUCUUUUUUUAAAAAAAAUUAAUUUCUUCUCCCGUUAGAUUCACAAAAUGUUUAGGGGCAUGUGUACCCCUGUGUCCCCAGAAAAAAAAAGCACUGUAGUUAUCCUUUUUUAAACUCUGGUCCAUGUAAGUGAAGCUGCUCGCCUCAAGUUUCCAGUAGCUUUGGGAUAAUGUCCUGGGUGUGUCAAGGAUCAAGAUGAUCAAGGGUCUGGAAACCUGUGCACUGCAAUGGGUUUUGGAUUAGAUGACCCUCGUGGUCCCUUCCAGCUCUACCGUUCUGUGAUCUUCCAGCUUGGGAUCGCAGCCUCAUGAGGAAUGGUUGAAGGAGGUGGGUGUGUUUAGCGUGGGAAAGAGGAGAACUUUCUGACAGUAAGAGCUUCUUUGACGAUGGAACAGACUCUGAGAGGUUGUGGACUUUUCUUUGUUAGAGAGUUUUAAGCAGGUGUCAUGGAUUGAGAUUCCUGCAUUGUAGUGGGUUGGACUAGAUGACCCAUAGAAUCUACAGUUCUGUGAUUCUAUGAUGUGGUAAAUGUGUUGCUUGGUUCAGCAUCCAAACAACAAAAGCGUCUUUUGAGCUUCAGAAACAAUAUUUUUAUACACACGCAAAUGUAAAACUCAUCUUAAAACGAUCCUUAAUUAAGGAUACUUAUUAAACUUAUCUAUUUUUAAAUCUCUGCAGACCACUGGACUAGUUGGGCUAGCUGUAUGUGAGGCACCACAUGAGGUAAGUAUCAAGCAUUUGCUCAUUUGAAAUUGAAGAAAACAUGAGGAAAGUAUGGCUUACCAGGAGCAUAUUUCAUCUUAAUAAGUUGAGAUAUGAAGAACUGUUUUGACUGUCCACACAGCCCCUUUUGUGUGAGCCAAGAAGUAAAUCAGCAGUCUUCCAAUAACUAGAGUUUUCCAUGCUUCUGAAUGUUAAGUAGGCUCAUUUUAUAUGUUGCAUUAGAUUUAUUAAAGUAAUUAAUCUUAAUGUUCUAACUACCUUAACAUGCAAUUUCUCCAGUAUCUUGAAUUUGAGGUGGUUAAGAUUCUAAUAGAGUUUUGCAGAAUUGUUCCCUUUGCUACUGAAGAAGGCUGUGAACUUUUUAUUACAAUUCUUAGUUCACUGUAUAGACUUUUAUGGUUCACCUUAAAUUAAUGUUUGCUAUCUGAUCUUUUCAGCGCCUCCGGGUACUCUACUCGAAAAUCCUUGCUGCUCUGGAUAGUAUGCCCAAAGAUGCAUCAUAUAGGAAGUAUACGGAGAACAUUGUAAAUGAGCGGCUUGAUAUAGUAAAAACAGUAAGUAUGUCAUACAUUUUAAGCAUCUCAAAUUACAUUGUUCAAGUGGCCUGUUGUCCCUUGCUUCACUUACCAGAUUUGCUUUUUGAUUGCUGUCAAAUAGAGAUGCAUCAUAAACCAGCACUAGUUGCCAUGGGACUGGAGAGCUGAACAGAAAGGUCACUGUGGCCUCUCCUAUCAGCUGUAAAAUCUAGGGCUGCUGGGAGGCUGCACACAUACACCCCCCCUUCCAAGUAGGGUAUUAAGGCAAGGUGAUCAUCCAUUGACCUGAGAAGGAGCUGUAGCAAGUUUGCUUCUCUUAAGACCUCAGAGCUGAAGGAAAACACACUUUGGCAUCAUCAUUAUUAUUAGAUUUAUAUACCACCCUUCAUCAAAAGAUCUUAGGGUGAUUCACAAAAUAAAAAUGCAAGAGGAAAGCACAAAUAAAUAGUUAUAACAGAAGCAACAAAACAUUAACCCCUCCCCCCUUCCACAAACACUGGGCCAGGAACUAAGGGCUACUGGGUGUGUGGGUUUAGUGUAUAUGUUUUUACAAUCUGUUGUAAGAUGCCUUGAGGAUCGUUCAUUCAAAUGUUUCCAGUGAAUUCAGCAGGGCUUGCAGGAUUGCAGCCUUGGUUUUAGUUUCAUCUUGCACUCAUCCCAGAAGAACUAUUAUAGGUUAUUCAGUGCAUCUGUUUUGUAUUGUAUGGGUUUGUAUUGUCUGUGUGUUCUCUGGAGACCAGAAUAGGAAUAGUCUACUUACCUAAUGUCUUUUAGUAAGUUUGUCAAUAUCAGAUCAAGAUAUACAUUUUAGUCCUCCAUGAUAACUUAAUUUCUGCCCCCUCUUGAAUGGUUAAAAUACCAACAACAAUAUUUUUUAUUAUUUAUUUAUUUCUUAUUUAUACCCCGCCCAUCUGGCUGGGUUUCCCCAUCAUAUCUGAUGUUUGAAAAGCCUUAACUUUUCCACAAGGGUAAUCUGAACUGCUUAUUGCUUGUUGAAUUGAAAGGUUGUGGACAUAUGCAGCUGGCAACCUAUGGCUUCAUAUUCCUUUUGAUAUUCUGAGAAAGAACUACUAUUCUAGACUAUAUGCCACUUUUGGAAAAGACUCAUUGGGUUAUUUUUUACUCUGAGUGAGAUAUAGAAAGAUGCUGUUUGAACAUACAUCAGAGCACAUCUGAGCCUUUCACUUGUUCUUGAACUUGCAGGAACCUGAUGUGCAAAAACUGGAAAGUAAAAUCAAUGGUGGACAGAUAGAAGAAGUGAUUUUGCAGGUAAUAUCUUCUUUGCAAAUAUCUAAUUAUUUAGCAAAUAUAGUACUUGCCAAAUAUGCAACUGUUUCUUAUAGGCUCUACUGAAAAAAAAUGAAAGGAAUCCAAUUAUCUGUUUAAAAUGCUGAAUUCUGAAAGUGAAACAUUGUUUUUUUGGGGGGGUGGUUUUCUCUGUAGAGAAAAAUGUAGUCAGUUUGUUGUCAAUAUGGAGACCAGCCUUUACGGCAGCAAAAUAUGAAAUGUUAACUGUCGCUAUAAAAAAAAUCACAAUGCAAUCCUUUGAUUACUUAUAAGUAAGUCUCACUGAAUCUCACCAAAUAUGGUGUUAUUAUACAUGGCAAACUAAAUUUUGCUGCUGAAUAGAAAAAAGAAUUUCCUAGCAAUGUAGCCAGUCGCUUAACCUCUUACGUCCUAAUAAGGCAGAGAUAAAGACCAGUGUUACAGCAUUUGCUAUACGGAUGGAACCUUUUCUAACAUAACCUUGUCUAUACUGCCCCUUGAAACUAUGGUACUCUUUGAAAUAUUGGUAGCAAAAACCCUUAUUACAAAAAUGUUGAGGGCUGCAUACAACUAACUAGGCGUGCAAUCAGGAUUCAGUGCCAGGACUCCUGCUAGCACAACUGGGAAUAAUCUCCCCACCCUGCAUACUCCCCAAAUGGGCUUGGGGAGGGGGUGCCUGGAGAAUCCUCAGAACAGCAUGUGGGGGGGGGGAGAGAUCAUUCCAUUGGGCAAACUAAAAUAUUUGGGAGGGUGGGACUAUUGAAAGAGCAGAAUGCUGACUUCCCCCCUUUGUUUUCUAUGUUACCCCAUUAUGGAGCUCUAAGCUGGCUUUACCAGACUGGGUGCACUGCUCUCUGAUGCAUCAACAGUCUUCAGGAUUGGGACCACUGACUUGAUCAAAAGAUAUACAGUGUUUAUGUAUUCCAGUGCUGUACCAAUUAAAUUGUUUAAUAGCAAGCAGUGUCAACAAAAAUCUUUAUUUUAGUAUGUAAUUAGUGGAUCUAAUAGAUGUUCAUUGUCUAGCUUAGAUGCAGCAACUUUGGGAAGGUUUUUUUUUAAUAAAAAUAAUAAUAUCCUUUUUUGUUUCAACAGGCUGAAAGUGAGCUCAGCCUAGCGAGGAAAAUGGUGCAGUGGCGACCCUGGGAGCCUUUGGUUGAAGAACCUCCGUCUGAUCAGUGGAAAUGGCCGAUAUAGUUAAUGUUAUUUGUAGUUUUUGGAAGUGAAAAAGAUGUAAUCAAAUGUAUGCUGGACAUGAAUGAAAAAUAUCUUAAUUCUACUCAUAAGAUUUGUUUGCUAUAAUUAUUGGUUAUAUAUCCAAGUAAGCUGUACUCAAAGCAGACCUGUUGAAAUUAAUGGCAUGUUAGUUCAGUGCAUCUUCCCUGAAUAUGACUAGCAUUGAUUACAACCCAUUAGUUGGAAGAUCACUGUCAACUUACCACCAGGUGCGAAUGGUUCUCAACAAUUUAACUGUUAUAAUCUUAAAUUCUAUAGACACUUGCAUGUAUGGGAGUCUGUAUAGGGCAUAUAAGAACCUUCUUCCCCCACUCUGCCACCAACAACCCAGUGCAUGGGUUCCAACCCAGUGCAUUCUUGAACAAGCAGAUGGGCUAGAUGAGCAUUUGGAAGGAAUGAACAGGCUUCCUGUUCCUUGGACUGCUUUGGUGUAGUACCUGUUUGAGUCUCCAUGCUUGUGGAAUGAGAGGGAGUGCAAAAAACCCCCAGAACUCUCUUUUUCCCUACUGGACUUAUGUGUACAGGAGAAAGACUAUUAGGUUCUAGAACAAGCUGCUAAUAACAUAGGCUGUAUUGGAGGAGGAGGUCAUCCAUGGAUUACCUCCACUCUCAGAGGAAGAGGAGAAGGGCUUAGUGGUAAAGCAUCUGCUGCCUGUUGGUGUGGACAACAUUGAGCAAGAUUACCAAUGCCUUGACUCUCUAUGAGGCAGCUUCCUAUGUGCUAGAGCUAUCCAAUAUUUGUAUCCCUGUGGAGGAAGGAACAGUUCUCAGUUUCCAUGCUGUUUCAGUUGACAGAACAGGGCUGCCUGCUUUCUCUGAGGAGUUUGGAUUUUAUAUCCCGCUUUAUCACUACCCAAAGGAGUCUCAAAGCGGCUAACAUUCUCCUUUCCCUUCCUCCCCCACAACAAACACUCUGUGAGGUGAGUGGGACUGAGAGACCUCAGAGAAGUGUGACUAGCCCAAGGUCACCCAGCGCUGCAUGUGGAGGAGCGGAGACACGAACCUGGUUCCCCAGAUUACGAGGCUACCGCUCUUAACCACUACACCACACUGGCUCUCUGGUUAAUUAGCCUUUUUUCAAAGUAAUAGUUGACCUUGUUCUCUUUUCUAGCUUGGGUAGAAUGAGAAAGGGAAGCUUUCAGAAGUGACUUGGUGAGUUCAUUUUGUGGCAUGGGAACUGGCAGCUUCCCAAACAGCAAAGAUUUCCUCCUUCCUAUCUUACCAGCCAAAGUGAUGCCAUCAGGGCAAGAAGCUGCUACAGAUGAGUCUGGGGAUAGCAAAAACCUGUGCAUGCAACAAUAAAACUUUUACUCUGUAUGACAGGGGUAGGGAGCCUGUGCUCAUUAAAUGUUCUUCAAGUCCCAUCAGUUCCUAUCAUUGGUCAUGCUGAGAUUGAAAGAAACUGGAGUCCCAACAACAUAUGGAGGAGCCACCCCUGGUUUUAUGCUUUACUGACAUUUAAAGCUGAUUGCUGCUCGCUUGGAAAUAUAUUUAAAAGUAUUGUAAUUCUUCAAAUCACUGUGACUGAAGAAUGCUUGGUGUUAGAUGGCACCUGUAAACACAAUUAUUUACUAUCUUGUAAAAAAAUACUGUGUUUUAGAAGGAAAGCCACUAGAGGGCAUCAAGUGUAACAGUGUGGUAAACGUUAAAUACAGAAGGAAGGGUCACAACUGGAUGAAGAUGACUAUGGUAAAAAGAAACAUAAAAUCAGUGCAACACAAAUGCUCUUGCAAGUUUCACCAAGAUGAAAAGCCUGUAUCCUUGUGACUAAAACUUGAAUUUCCUUAUUGGCUUCAUGCUCCUUUCCUCACUUUUUGUGAAGGUGGCUAACUUGUGUUAAUUUCUGGUAUGUUUGAACAUUGUUUCGCUUAUCAAAUAUUAUACAGUUACCAUGUUCUCCAUAGCAAUCUAAACUGAAUUCCAUAGAAUUCCAACU